CGGAAUAUCUGUACUCCCUUUGGCUUCUAUCAUCUUUCUUCUUGUCUGUUGAGCGAUCAUGGACAAAAUGAAGUUGGAUUACAGGGGUAAAAAUCCGUUGAAGGAACUUGAGAGGAUCACCAUGAAUGCUGCUGAAGUUCAAGAGCACAUUUUACAGGAGAUCUUAGGACAGAACAAGGACACUCAGUAUCUGAGUAAGUACAUGAAAGGGUCAGAAGACAUCAGCGAGUUCAAACGUUCUGUCCCUGUUAUCAAAUACAAAGAUAUAUAUCCUUAUAUCCAGAGAAUUGCUAAUGGAGAAGACUCCUCUCUCGUCACUGGUCAUCCAAUAACUGAAAUAUUAUGCAGUUCAGGGACUUCUGCCGGAGAGCCGAAGCUAAUGCCAUCAAUUGCCGAAGAUCUUGACCGCCGGACUUUUCUCUACAGUCUCAUCAUGCCAAUUGUGAACCAGUAUAUACCUGGACUUGACAAGGGAAAGGCCAUGUAUUUAUAUUUCGUCAAGGCUGAAACCUCCACUCCCGGUGGUUUGCCGGUUCGAGCCGUGCUCACUAGCUACUACAAGAGCAAGCACUUCAAGUGCCGACCUUAUGAUCCGUUCAAUGAUCUUACCAGCCCAAUUCCGGCUGUCCUAUGCGAAGACAGCAACCAGAGCAUGUACUGUCAGUUGCUGUCUGGUCUGGUUCACCGCCACCAGGUCAUGCGCCUCGGAGCCGUCUUUGCCUCUGCAUUUCUCCGUGCCAUAUCCUAUCUCGAACGUAGAUGGCUCCAGCUCUGUCGUGACAUCCGCGAAGGUGAGCUUGACCCGAUGAUCACCGACCCUGGUUGUCGUUCAUCGAUGUCAACCCUUCUUGAGUCGCCAAAUCCCGGCCUGGCUGAUGAGAUAGAAGAAAUCUGCAGAAGAUCGUCGUGGAAGGGCAUUCUGUACCAUCUCUGGCCGAGGGCAAAGUUCAUCGAGGCUGUGGUCACUGGCUCGAUGGCUCAGUACAUACCAGCGCUCCAGUUCUACAGUGGUGGGAAGUUGCCGCUGGUCUGCCCAAUGUAUGCUUCCUCCGAGUCUUACUUCGGGGUCAACCUGAAACCACUGUCCAAUCCUGCAGACGUGGCUUUCACCCUCCUACCAAACAUGUGUUAUUUUGAGUUUAUACCUCUGGGAGAAAACGGCUCGCUGUCUUUUGAUGACAAUGACGAUGAGGAAGUGUCCAGUGAUAAAGUUGUAGAUCUGGUGGACGUUAAACUUGGUUGCUACUACGAGUUGGUGGUCACCACUUUCGCCGGUUUGUGCCGUUACCGGAUGGGUGAUGUUCUGCAAGUGGCUGGGUUCUACAACACAGCCCCACAGUUUCGGUUCAUAUGCCGGAGAAAUGUGGUACUGAGUGUGGACAACGACAAGACCAAUGAAGAAGAUCUCCACAGGAGCAUCACGCUGGCUAAGAAGUUUCUGGAAUCCCACAACGCGCUGCUAGUCGAGUACACGAGCUACGUGGACACCUCGUCCGUGCCUGGCCAUUACGUGCUCUUCUGGGAGAUACAGCACCAUAGCGGAACCCCCAACGGGAAGACGGCCAUGGAAGGAGAAGUGAUAGAGGAGUGCUGUAUCUCGGUGGAAGAAGAGCUCGACUACAUAUACAGGCAAUGCAGGAGCAAGGAUAGGUCGGUUGGGCCGCUGGAGAUAAGGGUCGUGGAGGGUGGCUCGUUCGAGGCACUGAUGGAUCUCAUCAUUAGCCAGGGCGGCUCGAUCAACCAGUACAAGACUCCCAGGUGCGUCAAAUCCAACAGCGGUGCGCUCAAGUUGCUCAACGGCCGCGUCAUCGGUUCCUUCUUCAGCCCUCGUGACCCCAUUUGGGUCCCUUGACGGAACGGCCGUGGAGAAGAAGCAGCAGCAGCAGCUCGCAUGAACUUUCUAAUAAAUAAUAAUAAUUAUUAUAAUUAUUGGACGCAGUUUGGAGUUGAGGGUUGAUGGUGCUUAUGAUGGGCUAUCAUGUUUCAUCUUAUGCGCUAUUUUUUAUAAACUAUGUCCAUGAAUCGAAUAUAAUUUUGAUGUUUAAUUAUGGAAUGUGAUGAUUUCUACAUUUACA